ACUUUCAACGUAUACCACACGGGUCACCUGCGGACACGUCUCUGUUUUUCUCUCUUCCUUCCUUGCCCGUAGCCUGUCCGUACUCUCUGUUCCUCUUCCACGUUUCCAAGCCUCCUCCCAAAUCUCUCUCCCCCCCUCUCUCUCUGUCUCUGUAACCGAAAAGCCCUAAUUUUGAGCAAUUCUAAUUUCUUCAAUUCCAUGCACAAAUUCACACCAAGCUAAAAAUUCGGUGAUUUAAGUUAUCAAAUCGCUACGUAUUCUGUGGGAAAGUUCUCCGACUUUGAACAGCUUUGAUUAAAUCAGUCUUGCUGAUUUAGAAACUUGGGACCCUCUGGUUCCCGAAUUGGGCAAUUCCAAUUCUACGGUUCUCAAUUGAAUUGAAAUUGAAUCGGAUCGCCUUGGAGCUAGAGCAAUUUUGUAAAAAUUAAGGGGGGGGUUUUCUGAACGAUUCUACGGCUUUUGAAUUGAAUUUGAUCGGUUUGGAGCUCAGUUUUUUUUUGUGAAAGUUAGGGUUUUCUUUGUGAACUGGGGGGAGAUGGAUUCGAGCCGGAGAGCGGUGGAGUCGUACUGGAGGUCUCGGAUGGUCGACGGGGCCACGUCGGACGAGGACAAGGUCGCGCCGGUGUAUAAGUUGGAGGAGAUCUGCGAGCUGCUGCGAUCGUCGCAUGUCAGUAUUGUGAAGGAGGUCUCGGAGUUUAUUCUGAAGCGGCUUGAGCACAAGAGUCCGAUUGUUAAACAGAAGGCUCUAAGAUUGAUAAAAUACGCAGUGGGGAAAUCUGGUGUAGAGUUCAGGAGAGAAAUGCAGAGACAUUCAGUGGCUAUUCGCCAGUUAUUUCACUACAAGGGACAAUUGGAUCCUUUGAAAGGUGAUGCACUUAAUAAGACUGUGCGGGACACUGCUCAUGAAACUAUAUCUGCGAUUUUCUCUGAGGAGAAUGAUAAGCCAGCUCCUGCUGAAGAUCUUAACAAAAGAAUACAGGGGUUUGGAAAUACAAACUACGAAAUUCCAUCGGAAGAAAAGAAAUCAUUUCUUAGUGAGGUAGUAGGUCUUGGAAGUGCAUCUAUCAAGCAGGGACUUAGUAAUUUCACGCAAGGUCAUCUAUCAAAAAAGAAUGAAAAUGGAAGUUACAAGAGUCCAAAUCUUCGGAGGUCAUUGACUAUAGAAUCCGAGUAUGCAGAUAGAUACGAACCUGUUGAUUAUCGGAAUGAGACUCAGGGUAGUUUUGGUAUUUCAAAGAAUGUGGCUAGUGGUCCUUGGAACCAGGAUUCAAGAGUAACUAAGGUGGAAAUAACCAAUGGGGAUUCCGGUUCAAGUUAUAAAGAAAGUAAGACUCGUGAAGAGAGGUUAUUGGAGACCAUUGUAACUUCAGGCGGUGUACGUCUACAACCUACUCGGGAUGCUAUUCAGGUUUUCCUUGUUGAGGCUGCAAAGUUGGAUGCUGUGGCUUUAAGUCGUGCCCUCGAGUCAAAGCUCCAAUCUCCCCAGUGGCAGGUUCGCAUGAAAGCUGUCUGUGUCCUUGAGUCAAUACUGAGGAAAAAGGAUGAUGACCAUUUUUCCACAGUGGAAUCUUAUUUUAGUGAAAAUAAAGAUGCAGUUGUGAGAUGUUCUGACUCUCCUCAAGCUUCUCUGAGGGAAAAGGCUAACAAGGUUUUAAGCCUUUUGGGUGGAGAACAGACAGACAGCGUGGCAACUUAUACAGAAAAGACUCUGAAGGUUGAGACAACUACUGUUGUUCAAAUGCCUGACUUAAUAGACACUGGUGACUCAGAUGAUUGCCAUGAUGGUUCUACUAAGGAUCAAAGUGAUCAAAAUCUCACCAAUCUGUCAAUUCCAGCCCCUCUGAUUGAUGAUUUAUUUGGAGGUGGUCUAGUGACUGGUGUAAGUAGUAGUGAACCAAAUAAUGUUGACGACCCCUUUGCAGAUGUGUCAUUUCAUGCUGGUGAUGGUGGGGAACAUGCAGAUGACCUCUUUUCUGGGAUGACUGUUGAUAGACAGGGUUCUAAUGAACUUCUUAUAGAAGGGAAGAAAAAUGGAACUGAACUAUUAGAUAUUUUUGGAUCCAAUCUUGAACUUCCUCAGGGGCAGGAAACUCCAAAAAAAGAUGUUAAUGAUUUGAUGUCAGGUUUGUCCAUUAAUGAAAAUGCCUCAAACAUGCAGAAGAAAGGAACCUCUGUCGGAGCUUUUUCUGAAACUAUGUUCUCAGAUUCAAAUAGUCAUUCUAGCCAUCAGGUUACUAAUGACGCUUUGAGUGGCAUGUUGAGUUCUCAAACGGCUGUGACAAAUGCAAAUGCUAUGUUUCCCUUUGGUGCUAUGCCAUACAAUAUACCUUCGGGCUUCAUGUUCAACCCCGCUUUUUCGUCUCAGCCAAUGAAUUAUGCUGCCAUGGGUAGUCUCUUUGCUCAACAGCAAUUGCUUGCAAAAAUGUCUGAGCUCCAACCCCUUGGGGACAUGAAUGGCCAAAAUGUUGGUGUCGGUCAUUUUAGUGGAACUGAUGUAGCAUAUGCUUCGGGCCUUCCAGAUAUAUUCAAACCAAACUUUACAACUCAAACUCCUAGUUCAUUGAUGAACAGUUCAAAGAAAGAGGAAACCAGAGCAUUUGACUUUAUCUCGGACCAUGUUGCCGCAGCUCGUGAUCAGAAGAGGGUGCUUUGAAUCUUUUGAGCUUAUGCUUCAUUAUAAAAGGACUGCUUUGGGACUUGGAUUAUGGCUUUACAGCAAGUAGAUUGAAGCAGGAUAUACAAUUACAAGAGAGAACGUAUUCUUUUCGAAUAAUGGAACAUAUGCAAAUAUUACUCAGACGUGUUUCUGUUCGACUAGGAAGAGGAGCGAGUGGAGAGCAUACAGGGAUUUUCUGGUAGGAAUGGAAGAAUGAGAAAAUGUUGUGGCCAAUUAGUUUUUGAAUCUGAUUUGGAUUGGAUAGAUGUCUUUCUCCUUAGUAAUGUACUUUGCAUACUGUUCUGUUAUAUUCCCCCCUGCCUUCUAUUGUUUUUUUUUUUUUUUUCCUCCUAGAGAUUACUUGUGGGGGUGCAUGCUUUUGAACCCAGAAAGUCAAUAAAAAGCACUAGUGUUGUUUAGCUUCA